CACUUCCUUUAAACCAGCCCCUUCGACCGCCCCUUUCUCUCCCUGGUGCUCUCUCCAUCGCCUCUCCCCUACAAACACACAGAAGCCUUAGACUGAGGCCUUGGGUAACUCCCCUGGAUAACCAGCCACUGAAGUCUGAAGAGACAGGCUUAGUGCUGAACACUCUCUCUCCUCCACAGAAAGGAAAGAGUAGCUUCACCGGCUCAAGCCGAGCCAGCUUCAGGUCAACUGGACCCUGAGGACUAACAUAUCGUGUGUUUGUGCUACUGGUGUUAGUAGCCGAUCUCUCUGUCUCUUUCCUGGCCUGACAGGGUCACACAGCUCUCAGUACGCCCUCUCUCUCUGUCUCUCUCUCUCUCACUGUCUCUCUCUCUCUCUCUCUCUCUCUCUCUCUCUCCAGCUCCUCUCAUGCUGACUGAGAAUGGAUAACGUUCAGAACGGGGUUCAGAUCGGAGACAAAAAGUUCAUCAGCAAGGCAACAGUCCUGUCCCACCUCAAAACCUACAACCUCUAUUAUGAUGGACAGAACCUGCAGUUGAGACACAGAGAGGAGGAAGGGGAGCUGAUCGUGGAGGGUUUGUUGAAUAUCUCCUGGGGCCUGCGUCGACCUAUUAGAUUGCAGAUGCAGGACGAUCACGAGCGAAUCAGGCCUCCUCCCUCCUCUACCUCCUGGCACUCCGGCUGUGCCCUGGAUAAUCAGAGUAGCAAUGAAGGUACCCAGCAGAUCCCGCCCACCAUAGAAGUGACAGAGCACGAAAGCCAAUCAGAGGACACCAUUGUGAAGGAGGAUGAGGAAGAAGAGGAAUAUGAGAGCUCCGCCCAGCUGCUGAGGACGAAGAGCGAUGCAGGGGUUCUGAGACGGGGCCAGCGCCGGUCACCUAGUGACCAGAGAAGGUUACGACGACACCGCUUCUCCAUCAACGGACACUUCUACAAUCACAAGACUGCAGUCUUUACUCCAGCGUAUGGUUCAGUGACUAACGUGCGGAUCAACAGUUGUAUGACCACGCCUCAGGUGCUGCGAGUGCUACUUAACAAGUUUAAGAUUGAGAACAGCCCAGAUGACUUUGCGCUGUAUCUUGUACACACCAGCGGGGAGCGUGUGAAGCUGAAGCGCAGUGACUACCCCCUGGUGUUGCGUGUGCUUCAGGGUCCAUGUGAACAGGUCAGCAGAAUCUUCCUGAUGGAGCAGGACCUGGGAGAGGAAGUCACCUAUGACGUGGCACAGUAUAUUAAGUUUGAGAUGCCAGUGCUGCAGAGUUUCAUCACCAAGCUGAUGGAGGAAGAGGACCGGGAGGUGCAGAAACUCAGGAGCAGGUAUGCAUAUCUGCGGUGUAUCAUAGAGAAGCAGUUGCAUUGUCUUCCUGAGGGGACCACCUGUAUGUGACCUGGUUUAGGGAGGGACAACCACAUCUUCACAAAACCUUCCCAAGAUCUCGCAGACCUGUUCAGCUACCCCUCCUCACCCCUGACUCCGUCCCAAGCACAAAACAGGAGUGAUCAAGAACCAUCCAGAGGAGAGGCACCCAUUUCAACCUCGCCUUAUUAUCUUUCAAGACCUCCGUAGGGACAGUGUACACAAGACCUCCGUAGGGACAGUGUACACAAGACCUCCGUAGGGACAGUGUACACAAGACCUCCGUAGGGACAGUGUACACAAGACCUCCGUAGGGACAGUGUACACAAGACCUCCGUAGGGACAGUGUACACAAGACCUCCGUAGGGACAGUGUACACAAGACCUCCGUAGGGACAGUGUACACAAGACCUCCGUAGGGACAGUGUACACAAGACCUCCGUAGGGACAGUGUACACAAGACCUCCGUAGGGACAGUGUACACAAGACCUCCGUAGGGACAGUGUACACAAGACCUCCGUAGGGACAGUGUACACAUUGUGAAGCAUGCCACCCUCUUUCCUGAUUCCUGCUGUUUCUGUCCAUACCACUUACAGACAGUACAUGCCCACUGGGCACAUAAGUCUGUUCAGCUUCUAGUUUUGAUUUACUUCUGAUUGAGUUGUCAACUAAGGUGAAUUCAACUUGAAAUUUAAAAAAAAAAAUGAUAAGUGGUUGAAAAAAAUACUAAAUGCCCUUACAUUGAUUACUUUUUGCAAAUCCAGUUGGUUUUCCACUGUAAUUCAACCUCAUCAAGUUGAUUUGGGUUGAAAUGACGUGGAAACAACAUUGAUUCAAUCGGUUUUUGCCCAGUGGGUAUCCUCUUUUCCGUCCCAAUCCCUUUCUAACAUACCUGCCCCUCGGUAGUGUUAUCUGCAUAACUGUACCAUGUCAGCAAUAAUAAUGGUUUGUGGGGAAGGUAAAGGCUGGCACUUUUCAUAUGGGGGCCUGUAUGGAGCAUUGAGCCUGCCCCAUGUUCUAUCAUAUCACUCGGAUGCACAAGAAUUUAAAGCACAAAACUAGCUUUCUUAGUUCUUUUGAGCUAGACAGCACUCGAUCUCUCGCUCUCUUUCCCUCUAAUUUUCCUUUCAACAAUUUUGCCACCUGCAGAUAACUAAACUUGUCUCACCUUUUACAUCUCUCUCAAAACCAGAACAUACCUCAGACUCAGUGACAUCACACGCUAGAUGAGUUUCUCAGCCAGUCAGUGAGGGAGUUGAAUGACUCCUGUCCUGUGACAGUAUGUGAUGUUGAAACGUGCCUGUCCCCAGUGUGUUGCAGGACUCUCUUUAUGAUCAGCUCUAGUGAGUCUGUAACUGUAAUGUAACUUCAUGAUUGUCCACAGUUAAUCUGAAACCUCCACCUAACAUUUCUGUUACCUGUGUGUUAUGCCUCGAUCAGACCGUCAGCGUCAUUGCAUCAAUGCUGCGUAAGAAAUUCUGCAGUCAAACUUUUUUCAUUAUGUAAUCCGAUGUGUGAGAUGUGUGCAACAAACGUUCAUUCACCUUUUGCUACUAUUUCUGUCAAGUCUACUCAUACAAUUUGAUGCAUACGUUUGAUUUAUCCAACAUCUGCACCACACAGAACACAGAAACUGCCUCUGCAACACAAUGCUGCAAGGCAAACGCUGUGUUCCAUUGGAAAUGAAUGUACUUCUGGUGUACCAAAACGCAAUGACGCUGUCAGUCAGAACUGUUUUUUUCACCUUUAUUUAACUUGGCAACUCCGUUAAGAAUGUUAGCCUCGCUUGCUAGGGUUAUAAUCCCAUAGUGUGAUAUGACCUGUGUGUCUACAAACACCUGGAGACUGAAGCACAAAACAGAGAGAGGACCAGAGUUCCUUAAGAUUGUGACUUAUGUAGAUGAUGAAUCAACUACAAUAGCUCAAACGAGGGAAUGUUGUGUGUGUGUGUGCACGCAUAUCUAAAGCAGUACUUAGUUGCCUUGUAGAUCAAAUCAAAUCAAAUGUUAUUUGUCACAUACAUAUAUUGAUAUGUGUGUGUGUGUAUGACUGCAUACAGGACUUUGAGAUGUGGUACAUCAAUUCUGUUACACCUACACUACUGGUCAAAUGUUUUAGAACACCUACUUAUUCAAGGUUUUUUAAAUUUAUUUAUUUUUACUAUUUUCUAUAUUGUAGAAUAAUAUUUAAGACAUCAAUACUAUGAAAUAACACAUGGAAUCAUGUAGUAAAGAAUUGGAAUCAUGUAGUAACCAAAAAAGUGUUAAACAAAUCAAAAUAUAUUUUAGAUUUGAGAUUCUUCAAAUAGCCACCCUUUGCCUUGAUGACAGCUUUGCACACUCUUGGCAUUAUCUCAACCAGCUUCACCUGGAAUGCUUUUCCAACCGUCUUGAAGGAGUUCCCACAUAUGCUGAGCACUUGACUGCUUUUCUUUCACUCUGCGUUCCAACUCAUCCUAAACCAUCUCAAUUUGGUUGAGGUCGGGGGUUGUGGAGGCCAGGUCAUCUGAUGCAGCACUCCAUCACUCUCCUUCUUGGUAGAAUAGCCCUUACACAGUCUGGAGGUGUGUUGGGUCAUUGUUCUGUUGAAAAACAAAUUAUACUCCACUAAGCCCAAACCAGAUGGGAUGGCAUAUCGCUCUAAAAUGCUGUUGUAGCCAUACUGAUUAAAUGUGCCUUGAAUUCUAAAUAAAUCAGUGUCACCAUCAAAGCACCCCCACACAAUAACACCUCCUCCUCCAUGCUUUACUGUGGGAAAUACACGUGCGAGAUCAUGCGUUCACCCACACCGCAUCUCACAAGACAUGGCGGUUGAAACCAAAAAUCUCCCAUUUAGACACCAGACCAAAGGACAAAUUUCCACUGGUCUAAUGUCCGUUGCUCGUGUUUCUUAUUAUUAUUGUUGUCCUUUUAGUAGUGGUUUCUUUGCAGCAAUUCGACCAUGAAGGCCUGAUUCACACAGUCCCCUCUGAACAGUUGAUGUUGAGAUGUGUCUGUUACUUGAACUCUGUGAGGCAUUUAUUUGGGCUGUAAUUUCUGAGGCUGGUAACUAAUGAACUUAUCCUCUGCUACAGAGGUAACUCUGAGUCUUCCAUUCCUAUGGUGAUCCUCAUGAGUGCCAGUUUCAUCAUAGCGCUUGAUGGUUUUUGCAACUGCACUUGAAGAAACUUUCAAAGUUCUUGAAAUGUUCAGGUUUGACUGACCUUCAUGUCUUAAAGUAAUGAUGGACUGUCAUUUCUCUGUGCUUAUUUGAGCUGUUCUUGCCAUAAUAUGGAUUUGGUAUUUUACCAAAUAGGGCUCUCUUCUGUAUACCCCCCUACCUUGUCGCAACACAACUGAUUGGCUCAAACGCAUUAAGUUUUGAGCCAAUCAGAAAUUCCACAAAAUAACUUUAAGAAGGCACACCUGUUAAUUGAAAUGCAUUCCAGGUGACUACCUCAUGAAGCUGGUUGAGAGAAUGCCAACAGUGUGUAAAGCUGUCAUCAAGGCAAAGGGUGGCUAUUUGAAGAAUCUUGAAUAUAACAUUUUUUGAUUCAACACUUUUGGUUACUACAUGAUUCCAUGUGUAUUUCAUAGUUUUGAUGUCUUCACUAUUAUUAUACAAUGUAGAAAAUAGUCUAAAUAAAUAAAAAACCUUGAAUGAGUAGGUGUUCUAAAACUUUUGACCGGUAGUGGAAAUCUUCCCUCAGCUUUUAAAAGGUUGCUGUAUAUUGUUUGUGAGCGCUUGUGUGCGUGCAUGCAUAUAUGUUUGUCAUUUCAAUUUCUAUUGCUCUUUCAAGACUGACACAUUUAUUUCAUGAUAUUUUAGCUGUUGUAAUGUUGCAUUCUGACUGAGCGCUCCUUUUUUUGAGGACACCCUCUUCAAAGUCAAAGACAUGCCACUAUUUGGAAAUGGAGUAUUUUUACAAUAAUUGUUAUUAUUUAAUAAAGAGUUAUCUUGAAGCCGA